AGAAGAACACAUACAUUGUAGGCACCGGAUGUUGAAGACUGGCAAGCUCCUUCAGCCGAGCAGUGGUAGCUAAAUAAUGCCAAUUUAACCGAAUUUCUUGCAUAUGUUAUGCGACAGUAGUUAAAUGAUUUAACUGCUUCUUAUAUCAAUUCGUCCAUCUACUAUAGAGUUUGGCCAACUGGCUUGUCAAGUUGUUUUGCCCGGCAGCAAAGCUACGGUCAAAGUUAUACAGUGUUAGCAACUAGCUAACGUUAGCCACAUUGGAACAGCUGAUGCAUUUGGUGUUGCAGAGAAUACCGUUUUUCUUUUUAAAUAUUAACAACAGGGACUUUUGUAUGAGGUGUGAAACUGUUAGAUGGCUGCCCGACAACCCUUCACAGAUUUAGACACUGCCGACGAAGCAGUGAGGUCGACUUGUGACGAUGCAACGACAUGCAAAAGAUAUGCAACCAGUAAAGGCUACUGGACGGACCCCUAUGUCCAGUAUUUUGUGAGGUCGGUAGGGGAACGAAAAGCUCCAGAAAUUAACAGAGGCUACUAUGCCCGCGUGCAGGGAAUGAACUACCUCCUGGAUGCCUUCCUCAGGAAAACAAAGUGUGACUGUCAGAUAGUGAACCUGGGGGCAGGGCUGGACACCACUUUCUGGAGGCUAAAGGAUGAAAACCUCAUGCCUAGAAAAUAUUUUGAAGUUGACUUUCCAAUGAUUGCUGCCAGGAAAAUACACAACAUAAAGACAAAACCACCACUGUCAAAACCUCUCAUUGAGACCCACUCCACAGACUCACUAUUACUAGAUGGCCACAGUCUAGACUCAGACAGGUACUGCAUCAUCGGUGCUGACCUCAGGGACAUCCCAGGCCUAGAUGACAAACUGAAGAAGUUCCAUCUCAACCCAGAGUUGCCUACGUUGUUCCUGUCAGAGUGUGUGCUGGUCUACAUGACUCCAGAUCAGUCAUCCAAGCUGGUGAACUGGGCCUCAGUCACCUUCCACACAGCCAUGUUCGUCAACUAUGAGCAGGUGAACAUGCUGGAUCGUUUUGGCCAGGUGAUGAUUGAGAAUCUGCAGCGUCGUCAGUGUAAUCUGGCAGGAGUGGAGGUGUGUCAGUCACUGGAAUCGCAGAAAGAGCGCUUCCUAAAGACGGGCUGGGAGAAUGCAGAUGCUCUGGACAUGAUGACUGUGUACAGUGUUAUACCUCAGGAUGAUGUGGCAAGAAUAGAGCGUCUGGAAUUUCUGGAUGAGAAGGAACUUCUGCAGCAGCUCCUCCAACAUUACAGUAUCUGCUGGGCCACCAAGGACAAGCUCAAGCUAGGACUCUCACAAGUUGCUUUCUGAACCUGGACUGGACCGUCUGUCUUAAGCCUGUUUCUCUGUGCCAUGAUCAACACCACCAUGUAAGGAAGAAGGAACCCGUUAACAUCAGACUCCAGUCCUGUCUGUCUUUGUUUCAAAUAAAGUGUGGGAAACUUCUGGCAUCAGCAGAAUUCUACUUAAUGUGUUUCCUUUGCAUCCCAUAAGUGCA